UGAGAAGUGAAGAUAAAUGGUGAAGUGAUAAAUAAAAUUUGUUUCAGAAGAGAAAAUGGCCAAGAGGACCAAGAAGGUUGGAAUCACCGGUAAAUACGGAACUAGGUAUGGUGCUUCUCUCCGUAAGACCGUGAAGAAGAUGGAAAUCUCCCAGCACAGCAAGUACGUCUGUACCUUCUGCGGCAAGGAGAACAUGAAGAGAAAGGCUGUUGGUAUCUGGCAGUGUGGAACUAAGAACUGCAGAAUCCGUGUUGCCGGAGGAGCCUGGAACUACACUACCACCGCCGCCGCUUCCGUCAGGUCUGCUGUCAGGAGGUUGAGAGAGAUGAAGGAACUAUAAACACUCUUCAACAUCCUUCUCUACCAUCCUCCAGAUCUUUGUGAUUCACCGAGCCCAACAACCAGCUCUGGCUGUUUAUUUACGUUCUUGUGUUAAUCAUUACACAACGACGUUGAUUUCAUGAAAUCUUAUUUCAGA